GUAACAAUUCGUCGAAUGCCCCUCCACCAACAGAACAAAAAUAACAACAUUUUAGUUCUAGAAGACAGCCUUAAUGGAGUUUAUUCGGCAUUAUCUGCAGGUUGCCGAGUCUGUUGGGUUCCUCAAAAACAAUUUUAUAUUCCUGGGGAAUUGGAAGAGUUGGAAAAUAAAAUAAGAAAAGAAGAUGAUGAAAAUCUUUUUGAAGGGAGAAUUAAUUCGUUAAAUGAAUUUAUACCAGAAAAGUAUGGAUUACCUAAAUUUUGA